AUUCAGAUAAAGCUGGACAUUACUCCCGACAAGGCCUGGAUAAGUGACGACAUGUUUGUUCCAUCAGCCUAUCACCUGGAUGCCUCCAUUGAAGAUAACUCCAAAUCUCCGGUGGAAGAAGGAGAAACUCCGUUUACAUACCCGGCAGGAGUGGGUCAGAUUCUUAUGAACGGAUGUUGGGGAAAAGACUACAAGAUUGGUGAUCCGUGUUACAAUGCGAAGGAAAACUCGUCAAUAUGUAGGGUAAGGAUAAAUAUCAUGAAAAUAAACUUUAAGGAUCAGGAUUAUCUAUAAAAAGAAAACGAAAUUCAAUCUGGUCAACUAUUAUGAAAUCAUUAGUUUAUCAGAAAAAUUAAUAAGAACAGAAAAGCAAAGAGAAUAACAAAGAGAAAGAGAAAGGAAAUAAGGCGAGCAAUCAGAGAAAGGGGUGAGAAAGAAAAAUUAUCAUUCAAGGAAAUAACAGCUUUCUCCUUUGAUAUUGAAGAAAUGUAAAAUGGUUUCCGUGUUUACAUAGCCUGAUGUAAACACGCAGGAGGUUGGGAGAACACGAGAUAAGCGUAGGAAACCACGACGCGAAGCUUAUCACAUUUCUUUUAUAAAAUAACUAAUGAAAGAGGAACGGAAACCGUGUUUACAUACGCUUUAUGGUUUAUACGUUUUAUGGCCAAUCAGAGCGCGCGUACUAUUUGAAUUAUUUUAUAACACUGUUUCUCAUUUUAUUUGCAUGGAACUUUCCUUCAGAGAACUUUUCAAUUGCAUUUACCUCGACAGGAUAUGAUUGAUGGCGCCGCUUUCAUAGGUGUGGGUUUUGACGGUAGCGGAGAAUAUAGUCCAGAGUCCAGAAAAAUGAGCAUUGUCCAGAGGAACUGUGUCAAUAAAGCAACGUAAGAAUGAGAUUCAUUUAAACUCUGCUGCAUCAUCGAGUGUCUCUCCCACCUAUUGCCUCAAUAGUUCUAUAUAGUUCUAUAGUUCAGUUUUCGCUUCAGUUUUGACCCCUUUUUUUCUCAGCUACGAUGACCUAGACGUUCCAGACACCAUGAAUGUCCAUGGUAUUUAUGAGACGUCAGCGUUUACGUUGACCUUUGAGAACAGGGCUGAAUACCAGACAUAUCUUCAACACCAGGCUGGCGUCUCAGGUUCCAUAUUUGGCUUCAGUGCAGGAGUGAAAAAAGCCUGGGGUGGCUCAAUGCAAACUAGUACUCAGCAGUAUAUGGCUGCCUUGUACGUGGAUGCAGAGAGGUGAGUAAGCAACACUGCGCAAUGAAUUUGGAUACAACUAAGCAAACGCUUAUUCACAACAUUAACAGACCAAAGAGUUCCAAAUUGUUUCCAAUGCUGAAUGACGCCAAGGGAAAACCAAGUAUUAAUUGCAGUAUUCAUGUCUUGGAUGAGGACUUUUGCCACGGUUGUUGAAACGCAAGAAAAUCUCAUUGAUCACAGAUGUUUGCACGAGGACCCUCCUUUACGGAAACGGUCGUCUGACUAACUGAUGCACUCUUUGAAUUUAAGGUACGAAAUCUUCAUGGACGAAGUAAAACCAAGUGAUCUUAGUCUGUCAUUCCUGAGAGAAUUCAUGGAACUCCCAAUCUCCUAUUUUCAACCUGGUGCACAGAUAAAAUACCGUAAGGAACAUUCUCUGACUUAUGUUAACACUGAUCCUUUGAUAAUGCCCACAUCCACAUAAAGAUGUUCAGAUUGAUGAAAGAAUUGGCCAUUUAUGUGUCACAUAAAUAUCCUGUUCUCAAAUUAUUAAACUGCAAAAAAAUCGAGGGAGAAAACAGCACAAAGUAAAGGUUUCCCAAAUUGUGGUUUCUUACUUCGAAUGCAUGGUUAAUAAAUUGUGCACGUGGUGAUCUGAUAAAAAUUAACAAACCAGUUUGAAAACCGAAGAGAUUUACAUAUCUACACAUUGUAGUUGAUAAUAUAUAUCUUCAGACAGCUUUGUUCUGAUCCAGUUUCUUUCUCUUUUUUUUUGCAUAAAAUGACAUUCAUGAUUAAACCACUUUUGCCAUUAUAUAACUAUAUUCAAUGUUGAGGUAUCCACCAAAUAAAAUGAGGAAAAUUCGGACGCUAAUAAGUGGAAAUGAGAGUUAAAUUUAGAUAUUAUGGCAGGUUAUAAGAGAGGAAGGGGUUGGGGUAGGGGAAAGCUUGUUCUUGCCGUAUAUUGUCUGAUUCUGGUAAGAGAACGAUGUCAGAAAACUGAAAACGAUAAAUGUAACCUGGAGUUGUAGACAUGCAUUGUUGGUCAAUUUUGAGAAUUUGGUUCCUACAUGAGUUCAAUUACACUGUCAUGUUCAUCUCGCUUACGCCAACAGAGAACUUCAUCCAACGAUGGGGUACCCACUACAUAAAAUCAGCGAAAUUCGGAGGCCAACUGCAAAUAAGAAAAACUAUGGAAGCGUCCCAAGUGGCAUCAAAACAUGCAUUCGCAGAAAAAAUGGAGAUGGAAUUUAGAUUUUUAUUCGCAAGCGGUGGGGCCAAGUCAAGUACUGAAGGAGGUCAAGAAGCAAAAGCCCAAAACAAAUUCACUUCCACUUCAGUUAUGGCACAGGGUGGGAGCCAAGAGAUUGCAACCAUUCUCUCAGAUGUGUACUCGCCAACGUUCAAGUCGAGUUUAAGGGAAUGGCUGCAGAGUAUUCCAAAUUAUCCCAAGGCUUUCCGUUUUUUGUUGGGAUCGAUAGUUGACCUAGUUAAUUUCCGUGCAAACGAUUUGUUUUCUGCAGAAGACGUCGACUGGGGAUGCGAGGGGAAUGUACAAAAUAUUGUAGAAGAAACAAGAGGGGAGACAACUCAAAGGUACUACACGGUGACAAAUGCUGAUGGAAGAGUCAAGAAGUUCUACUGCCCUUUUCAAGACCGGGAAGAAUUGGAUGUUGCUUUGAGGAAAAGGCGUUCCAGUCUCAACAGGGCUAUCGAGAUUUUUAUGGCCGAGGUGUGUUAAAGUAGAACUCUUAAAAUAAUGAAAAAAGGGCUACAGAAUCAAUGAAUAGCGAGAAACUACGGACUGUGUUCGUAGAAUUCGUCAUAUUACUCAUUGAUCAUUUUUUUCUCAAAGAAUAUUGACUACGAGGUGAUUAGCAUAAAGUUUAACCGCUGUGUUUUCUGGGAAAAGAAAAACAGACUUAAGUUCAUGGUACUAUCACCGCUGUCUCAAUGCCCCUAUUAUCGCUUUCGAUGGAAAAGGCAGAAUCCCUGAAAGCCAUUGGGAACGUCAUGGCUCACCGUUGUUCUAACGGAGUGAAAAACAAGCCUUUGGCUGACAAUUGUUAGCUCUGCCGCAACUACACUGUCAGACGUUCGACUGUUAUUAAAUCGGCCAGACCUGCAGACUCACUCCUUUACGUACUAGAUACUUAAAGACUAUAAAAAUAAUUUAUUUUGAAUGACAUAUAUAUUUGUUCUGCUUAGGGCCCGAUAUCUGUUUCUGAUAUGGUGAUUUCAAAGUGCACACAGGAAGACAAAACUACUGAAGUCAACGAUGGCUUUUUUCUCAAUACCCGUGUUCCAAAGUGGAAAGAAAUCGUACAAGAAAACUCGACCCUCACAGUUAAAUUUGAUAUGGAGACCAAUUUGGCCCGUGGGGUAGACGGUUUGGGAAAAAUCGAGAAAAACAUGACCCGAGAAGUUAAAUUUACUGGUGGUAGAUGGUUCACUGCUGAUGAGUACGGCAAGUUCCACCUGUACAGUGGAUAUCGUAACGGGAAGAGCGGUGAGCUGAGGAACCACAAGUUAUCCAUAUUUGGUCUUGUCCUAAGUUAUAAUUCAAAAUAUGGAAGCUUGGAUCUUAUCAAAGAAGACUUCAAUGAAUCUAAACGGACUUAUCCAACCUUAAGAGAGGAAAUGAUUGGAUUUCCACUAGCACACCUCACUGUGACGCAAUCGAAUUCUUUCCACGAUUCAGUUAAACGAGGGUCUGCGCCCUCACCUGCAGUGACACCGUGUAAUGUAAAAUGGUCCAACGCCUUGCGGCUUGACCCAACAACGACUGGUGGCCGCUGCCUUCAUUUCACUGCCUCUUCUGCUGGCGAUUUCUUUGUUGUUUUCGCAACAAUACCGAGUCGGCGCAGCUCUUGGUAUCAUGUGCAGAUUGGAGUCAGAAAAGUUGCAAUUUAUAAGGUCUAUAAAUGUUAACUGAAAGUGUGUGACACAUUUUGAUUUGUGUACGUUGAUAAUCAUUUGUCAGCAACACUCUUAGACUUUGACUAUAUUUUUACUUUUAGGGAGAGAGGGAAGUUACAUCAACGUCAGACACUGGAUCUGUGUCUAUCGGAGAUGCAUUGCUGUACCAGUCAUACUUUGUUUGCCUUUAUGAAAAGCCCAACAGCACUCUGAUUGAAUAUGGAAAGUCUCUGGGUAUCUCAGACGGUGGAGACAUAUAUCUGACGCAUCUUGACGCGAACGAUCCCUUAAACGUGCGAUUUUACGCUUUUGGUAACAUGGAUAAGGUUGUCAAAAUAUGGGACGCUCACAUUACACCACGUGACCUUACAGAUGCUGAUUGCAAAGGAAGCACUUACAAAGAUCUCCCAACAAAUCUGUGUUUUUUGAAGUGCCAUGAAUAUUGCGACCCUUUUGCAGGUUGACCUAUUUAAAUAGUUAUCUCUGAAUUUUUGGUAACAUCUGUGGCGUUUGGUGUGAACAGUCCGUACAUCAAGAGGACGGAUGUGGAAUUCACGGUCUUUCAUUAUGACAUGGAAUUCUAUUUUAAGGAAAAUAUGUUCAUUGGAAGAAAAAUUCAUAAGUUAAGACGAGGGUUGAAAAAUAAUCUAUUAGCCUAUAGAAAGAAUACGUAUAACCGAACUAAGACUUUUUUCAUUGCCUGAUGAGUGCUUGUCUUUGUUUAGGUUGCAAAAAUGCUGGUGCGAAAGAUUUACGGCCCUCAGAUUGUUUGGCUUGUAGAGUAGCCAAGGAUCCAGUGACUAAUGUGUGCUUAGAAAAAUGUCCGGAAAAUACACAGCCAGACGAAAAGAAGGAAUGUUUACGUAAGAGUUUAAGGGUAUUUAGCAGAUAGGUCACGUGAAAGAGAAAACAUUUUGGGAAGAAACUAGAAAUGACAGGAAUCCAACAGGAAUCCAUCAUUCUAGUGAUCGUUCUGGUCUCGAAGGAGUACCACUGAAAGUCAUAAUUUGAAACUUUGGAGGGGGCAACCGUUAUGUGUGUCUCUAUAAUGGAUGAGAGAUAUCGAGGAUACCAAAAAGACUAAUUUUAGCAACAGGAAAUGUAAUCGAAUACACGUCUUUAACUUUUGUAAAAGUUGGGUACUGAACAGUCACCAUUUACCGAUAGGUGGGGGUUUGCCGACGUGAAAAAUGAUUUGUUCAUCUAGAUAUUUAUUUCCUUCCGUAAAUCGAACAAAGGGAGGAAUUGAAAGGGAUGAAAUUGAAAGGCCAUGAUACCAGAUGGUGCGAAUGGAACAAAAAUGAUUGGUAAAAUAGAUACUUGGAGUCUGAUUCCAGCAUAGCGGAAAACUCACUUGGUUUGUUCCAUGACAAAAUCCAGAGGUCGAGGUGUAUGGUAUAUUGCAGUUCAGAUGUCAUGGUUUGUAAACCAAGAAAAACUCGGCAAUUGAUUUCUUUAAUCAAUGGUCUUUAUGUAGUCAACUAAGGUUUCCAUGAACGUUAUUGAUUGCCUUUGCAGUCACAUUUGAUGCCAAGACAAUCGUACCAGGAGGAGUUACGGCUACUUCAAGAUAUUUAAAGCGGUGGCAAGUAAGUGGAGUGAAGAUCCAGGAUAUGCCCGCUCUUAAUCACAUGACAUUGUGUCUGUGGACAAAGUUUCCUCAAACGAAUUUGCGUGGAAUUAAGAUAACCGGCCUGGCCAGCUACUACGACACAAACAGAAAAAGUGGUUUCUUCCUCAGGAACGUGGAGUAUGGUAAAAAUGGUGGAGGUUAUAUACAUUUUGGCCUUGGCCAUGUUCCUAAGUAAGUUCCUUUUGUCAUGUCUGUUUCUUGUCCUAGAGUUAUAUAAUAGAUGUAGAUUCAUGGCAAUUACAAUUUAAAGUUGGCCAAGUACAUCGUGGACCAAGUCAUUGGUGGGGAAAGGUGUUUUUUUGUUUGAACCAAACUAUCUUGAUUACUUGGAAAAAAGAACAAGGUAUCUCGGGAAGAGAAUUUGAUUAUAAUUAAAAUAAAGAGAAUUUGAUGAAGCUCGAUGCGCCUCCUUUCCCGAUUGUUAUCGAAUGAAUAAUGAUCGAGUUAGCAAAACUCUUUUUAAAAUAUUUGUAAAUAUUGUACAACUUAGCAUAGCCACAGAGGGUAAGAUGGUGCCUCUUUCGCCUUUUCGCAGGAGGAAGACCUUGCGCUUUUCAAGAGCAUUUCUAGAUGAUAAUGAGUGGCACCGAUUAUGCAUUGCUUGGAACGGUGUCAGUGGCGUGACUAAGGUGUACGUUGAUGGUGUUCAGGAUAAAAGUGCCAAAUUUGGCAAAUACGCCGUAGGGGGAUUAUUAAAGGAUUCAUUACCGGGAGGUGGAACUUUAGAAGUAUUACCAGUACACAGCCAGGUAGUCUAUGUGUCUGAAUUGAACCUGUGGGAUAAAGUUCUCUCUGCAGUAGAAAUUUCUGAGUCGUCAAAACUCUGUUUUGGGAAGCAGGGAAAUGUGAAGAAAUGGUCAGAUUUUUGGCCUGCCUUUAGCAAAUACAAAUCUCGGUACGAAGCGCCUUCCCAGUGCAAAUCUCCUAUUGGCAGCAGCGAGGAAAUGAUGGAAGAGGAUCUUGUGGUCUCUAAUGGCAGCGAUGAGGAAAUGAUGGAAGAGGGCCUUGUGGUCUCAGAAAACAGACCAUUUCCCGCUAACGCGAAGAAAAGAAGAGCUUUCAAAUACGCAAGAAAGGGACAAAAAAAAUCCCACCCAGUAGCUUUAAUGUGA